AUGCAAUUGCGACUGGUUUCUUGGUUCUUUAUCACUUGGAACUUAAUGGAAUACGUUGGCGGCCAGGAGCACCCUUCCAGAGUCCGACGACAGGGAAGAAUGCAUCGCAAUAUGAGCCAAGCUUGUCAAGGAGGAUGUGCAACAUGUUCUGAAUAUAAUGGAUGCAUGUCAUGUAAACCUAGACUCUUCUUUUUUCUGAAGAGGAGUCACAUGAAACAGACCGGGAUGUGUUUUUCAUCCUGUCCUCCUGGGUAUUUUGGACAACGAUCCCCAGAACGAAAUGAGUGUAUGAAAUGUAAAGCUGAUUGUGAAGCCUGCUUUAAUCAAAAUUUCUGUACGAAAUGUAAAAAUGGAUUUUACUUACAUCUUGGAAAGUGUCUUGAAAACUGCCCUGACUGGCUGGAACCGAACAAUCACACUAUGGAAUGCAAUGAUAUUGUUCACUGUAAAAUUAAUGAAUGGAGCCAGUGGAGUCCUUGCACAAAGAAUGGAAAAGCAUGUGGUUUCAAAAGGGGAAAUGAAACAAGGGUCAGAGAAAUCCUACAGCUUCCUUCAACAAAGGGCAAAUUAUGCCCACAUACAAGUGAAACAAGAACAUGUGUUGUACAAAAAAAGAAUUGCCAGAAAGGAGGAAAAGGGAAGAAAAGAAAAAGGGACAGACGAAAAAAACCAAAGAGAGAAGAAAGCAAAGAAACCAGUCAGGAAAACAGAGACCAAGAAUCCAGAAGGCAGGGCAGAGAUCCAGAGAGAAAAAACAAAAUGCAACCGAAGAAGAAAAAAGGCCAGAAUAAACAGCAGAAACUAGUUGCCAUCAGCACUGCACACUAACCGCCUUACACCACUGUUUAAGACUAUUGCUGCUGCUAUCACCACCAGACCUCCAGGGUCAGUGUUCCCCAAUUAUCACCAAUAGACAAUAUUACAAGCUAUACUUAGACAACAUUCCAAUACUUACUA